AUGUCAAAACUAUCUACUUUCCCACUUCUCUCUCGGAUUAUAUCCCAUUCUCAAUCUUCCCCCGAUUCAAAAGCAAUCGUCGAUAUCCCUUUCGCCCACUCGAUCACAUACUCGAAACUAGUCGAUGAUAUACUCUCUUUGACCAACUUGGUUUCUCCAUUGAUUAAAGAAGAUGAAGCUAGGGUAGUAGUCCUAUGUGAAAAAGGGUAUUUGGUCCCACUGGCUAUGGUAGCCGUGUGGACAAGCGGUGGAUUGGCAGUUCCGAUCUUACCUAGUUUACCAUUACCUGAACAAAGUUAUAUGACUACCAACGCUGAGACUAGCUUGAUCAUCUGUGAUAACAAAAAUCGAUCCAGAGCUGAACAACUUGUGGAAGAAGUUAAAAAGGAGGGUAAAACCACUUGCGAGAUAUUGGAAAUUAGUUUAGAAGAUAUAAGGAAGAAUGGUGUUACGGAGGAUGAGAAACGGAAUGCGCUGGAGCGGCUAAACGGGAGGGAAUUGGAUGGUGAGAGGAGAGCGAUGAUGCUUUUUACUAGUGGUACGACCGGUAGACCCAAGGGAGUUGUCACUCGACAUUCAGCUCUAGCAGCUCAGGUAUCAGCCGUAGCUGAAGCUUGGAGGUGGUCCGAGUCUGAUAACCUCCUCCACGUUCUUCCAUUGAAUCACUUGCACGGUAUCGUCGUCGCGCUCUUACCUACCCUGUGGUCAGGAGCCACAGUGGAAUUAUGGGAGAAAUUCGAUGGUCCUGCUAUUUGGAAAAGAUGGAUAAAUGAAGAUGGCAAAGAUCCUAUAACAAUGUUCUUCGGUGUACCUACUGUCUACUCCCGUCUCAUCGCUGCCCACUCCAACUUACCUUCGGACCUACAAGAAAAAGCGACGAAGGCAUCUUCCACCCUCAGGCUACAGGUGUCGGGAUCAGCACCUUUACCUGAGAGCGUCAAGAAAACAUGGGAACAGCCUGGUGGAGUAGGAGGUGGACAGGUUCUGUUAGAGAGAUAUGGAAUGACUGAGACGGGUAUCAUCGCUGGAACGGGCUGGGCAGUGGAGAAGAGGAUUAAGGGCCACGUUGGGUUCCCUCUGAAAGGCGUUGAAGUUAGAUUAUGGGAUGAAGAGGGGAACAAGCAAGUCACUGAAAAAGAAGUUUCGGGUGAGGUUCAAGUCAGAGGUCCACCAAUAACGAAAGAGUAUUGGAGAUUACCUGAAGCUACUACCAAGGAGUUCCAGGACGGAUGGUUCAAGACUGGUGAUGUUGGAGUAUACUCCUCUGAUUCAGCUGCAGAGGGUCAACUGAGGAUAUUAGGUAGGAAAAGUACGGAUAUCAUCAAAUCUGGUGGAGAGAAGAUAAGUGCCGUGGAGAUCGAACGAGCCAUCUUGGAAUUGGAAGGUAUGAAGGAUUGUGCGGUCGUGGGUGUAGAUGAUGAAGAGUGGGGGCAAGUUGUAUCUGUAUGUCUGGUGACUACUCGACCUGAAGUCACUGUAGCGGAUCUACGUAAAGAAUUGAGAAACGUCAUUGCGCCGUAUAAGUUACCAAAGAAAUUGAAGAUUUUCGAAGGGGAAAUUCCGAGAAAUAAUAUGGGUAAAGUGAAUAAGAAGAAACUGGUGCUUGAGGCUUUCCCACCUGAAUCGGCAUAA